ACUUACGACACACUUGUCACCAAAGUUGUCACGGCGUCAUCAGCUGAUCAUAACAAACAAAAUAUUUCUUGAUCAAAAAAAGAUUUAAGUAAAUAUUACAAAAGUGAAAGAAACAUCUUCCUCAGCCAACAAUUAUUGAAAACAACAAAAUUUUAAUUUGGAAUCAUUGAUAUUGGAAUACAUUACAAACAUUAACAUAACCUCGAAAUCUAAAAAUGAAGACCAAAAUCGACAUAGAUUCCCUUCGCAGCGAACACGAGUCUGAUGAACAAUGGGAGGUACGUAAGAGCUUCAUGAUGGAACACAAAGACAAGUUCGAGGAGGACGAGCUGAUAACCUUGGCGCAGAUAUUUACGAACGUUGAGUUUUUAGGUUGCAGAUACCCACCACAGACCAUGAAACGCAUAGCAAAACUUGCAGUGAAGGUGUCAGCUAAAUACAAAGAGAGUAGGAAGAAUAAGCUAAAGAGGACAUUUGUGGAAGCCAGUGAUGCUGCAGAACAGAAAGCUAAAAGGACUUUUAAGAACUAAUACUUAGAAAUAAGUUUAUCACCAGGAGCAUGACUGCAGCUGUAUCAAUGAUAUGGAAUACCUCUUAGCCCAUAAACUAUACUUUAGAUGUCGUCUAAAGUUGCAGGACUUUUUUAUCGUCCCGCUCAAUAAACACCAGCAUAGGGGCAUGUGUCAACUGCAAGGCCCAUACUAAAACAGUACAAAUCUGGUGCUAGAGGGACUCGCAAGAAAUUUUGACAUAAGACCCCUAUUUUGAAUUUAUUUAAUGCUUUUAGAUUGUUUUACUGAAAUUUAUUUAUCAAUAAAUGACUAUUUUCGACAAACAAUCUCGAUAUUAAAGAAAUUAAAACAAUAUAAACAUCAUAAUAUUUCUACAAUAUGCUGUUUUAAUUUACUUGAUUUGUUUCACUAAAAUUGUUGUUUCCAUGCAUUUUCUAAAGUACACAUCAUUGUAAUUGGCAACCAACACUAUUAGAUAGAAAAGUUAAUAAGGAAAAGUUUCUCAGUUUUGAAUUUUCAAAAAGGCUUACAUUUAUUUUUAACAAUUCGUAAAUCUUUGCAUAUUCCCGUCCAUUGCUUUUACGCCAUAAAUAUAAGGAAAGAAUGUUAAAUCUGUUUGUUCGGGGAGGACCAUUAUCUCAGAGUUUAAAAUAAAAAUACUUUUUGUAAAAAA